CAUGAUCUCUUUUUUUAUUUCGCUGAUCCUUUUGUCUAUCAAACUGAACUAAGUUCACCCAAUUCAGUAACUAAGAUGGCGCAAGUCAAGAACAAGCAAGUGCUCCUAAGGGACCAUGUCACUGGUUUUCCUAAGGAAUCGGACAUGAACAUCGUAGAAAGUACCAUAAAUUUGAAGCUUCCGGAAGGUUCCAAUGAUGUUCUUCUAAAAAAUCUAUACUUGUCUUGUGACCCUUACAUGCGGGAUCUUAUGAACAAACCAGAAGGGCUUCCCAAAAGCCGUUCUUACACUCCUGGCUCUCCAAUAGCAGGAUAUGGUGUGUCUAAGGUCCUGGAAUCUGGACACCCAAACUAUAAGGAAGGUGAUUUGGUGUGGGGCUUUACCAAAUGGGAAGAGUAUAGCUUGGUCCCUUCAGCUCAAAUACUUUUCAAAAUUGAGCACACUGAUGUCCCACUUACCUACUAUACUGGAAUUCUUGGUAUGCCCGGAGUGACUGCAUAUGCAGGUCUAUUUGAAGUAGGCUCUCUCCAGAAAGGAGAGAACGUUUUUGUUUCAGCUGCCUCUGGCGCAGUUGGUCAACUUGUUGGGCAAUUUGCUAAACUUACUGGUUGUUAUGUUGUCGGAAGUGCUGGAACUAAAGAAAAGGUGGAUCUACUGAAGAAUAAAUUUGGAUUUGACGGCGGUUUUAACUACAAGGAAGAGCCUGAUCUCAAUGCAGCUUUGAAAAGGCACUUUCCAGAAGGCAUUGAUGUAUACUUUGAGAAUGUUGGUGGCAAGACACUUGAUGCUGUACUCCUGAAUAUGAGAGUCCAUGGCCGCAUACCCGUCUGUGGAAUGAUCUCGCAGUAUAAUCUUACUCAACAUGAAGGUGUAACAAACUUACCCCAUAUGAUAUACAAGCGGAUCCGGAUGCAAGGUUUUGCUUUCCCUGAUUAUUAUCACCUAUAUCCGAAAUUCUUGGAGUUUGUCCUGCCUAAUAUCAGAGAGGGGAAGAUUGUGUAUGUGGAAGACAUAGCUGAGGGUCUUGAGAAUGGCCCUGCAGCCUUGGUUGGCCUUUUCAGCGGCCGCAAUGUUGGAAAACAAGUGCUUGUUGUUGCACGAGAAUAGAAGAAUUUGCAUUUUCAUGCACUGUUAUAUUGUUAGUAUUUUUCUUUUUGGCUUUUUGUUCAAAAGUUGUCUUUGUAUCCCCCCUCCCAGUUUUCAUCUUCAUCAAAUCUAUGAUGAUGCUCUUUGUUCCUGUUAAAAGUAUCCAUGUAUUAUGUAGUUGUUCCUCAUGAAUAAAAGCAUUUACCCUUUUUUUUUC